AUGGCUACCCAUUCGCAUUCUACUCUUGACCAUGUCAUCACCGUCAAGGUGAUGUUCGAGGGCAUCACUCGACGUACCAAGAUGCCUCUUCGGGACAUGGUCCCCAGGACCUUCGAGACUAAUCUCCGAACCUUCCUCCACAUUCCUGCCGAUCUCGAGGUUACCUUUGAGCGAUACUCUGACUCUGCAGGAUCCUACGUCCUACUUGAGCCCGGCAACAUCCCUAUUUAUAAGCAGCUUUAUCGCGCUGCCAAGGCCAAGUCUAAGCUCAAGAUCCGCGUCUCCAUCAAGGACCUGUCCAAGACUAUCCCUAAGCCCGUCACUGUCGAAGACGAGCCCGAGGCUUUCGCAUCCCCCAUCGCCCCCAAUAUGACCGAGGAGACGCCCAAGGACACCGCUCAGGAGAGCCAAGAUGACGAAAUCAGCGCCGUUCCCACUCCCACGGCUGAGGCUCCCGCCCCGACUCCAGUCGCGACCACCACACCGCCUGAGGCGACUCUUCCCGUCCGCGUUAGCCCUCUUUCUCGCACCUACAACGCGACUCUCCUCAACGAUGCCGCUCGAUACAUCGGAGAGCGUCGUGACACUCGCCUGGACUUUGAGGCUCGACUCGCCAACUUUAUGGAGCGACAGCGACAGCCGACUCGCGCCCCCCGAACUUGCGGUCACAACUUGACCAACCCGCAUGAGACCCCUUUCAAUGUCUCCAAGCCCUGUAUUCUCGCCGCCAGCCAGGCUCCCGCCAUCUGCCCUGCCACUGGCGCUACCUUUGCCGUCUGCUGCAACAGCUGCGAGCUGACCAUCCCUGAUGUUCACUACCACUGCUCCACUUGCGACGACGGAGACUUUGACCUCUGCCAAUCCUGCAUCGACCAAGGAAUCACCUGCCACGGCAAGGACCACUGGCUGAUCAAGCGCACAACUGUCAACGGCCAGCUCGUGCAGAGCACCACCGAGACCAUCGCCCCCAAGCCGAAGCCCGAGGUCAAGGUUGAGACCACCAUUGAGACCAAGGUCGAGCCUAAGGUCGAGCCCAAGGUUGAACCCAAGAUUGAGCCCAAGGAUGAGGUUCCCUCUAUUCGCCCCAUGUUCGAGCCUCUGACUGCUCGAUGGGCCAACCUCGGCGUCAUGCGAACUUGCAACUGCUGUGUUCGAGAAUUCCCCGAGGCCGAGUUCCUUCACUGCACCGUCUGUGAAGACUUUGACCUGUGCCAGACAUGCUUCGGCAAGGACGCUCAUGGACACCAUCCCAAGCACGGCUUUGUCCCUGCUGUCAAGGACACCAAGAUGCCUGACCACAUCACUUCCAAGAUGAAGCCUGGCCGCAACAACUUCCACCACGCUAUCUGUGAUGGCUGUGACAAGUACAUUUCUGGUGUCCGCCACAAGUGCCUGGACUGCCCUGACUGGGACUUCUGCUCCACUUGCAUGAUGUCUUCCAAGAUCACUCACCACGGCCAUCGAUUUGUGCCAAUCUAUGAGCAGCUCACUGACGUUCGGGUCCGAGCUCCACCUGCCGUCCAUAUUGGCAUCUGCUGUGAUGGCCCUCUCUGCUGCGAGAGCGAAGCCUACCCCAACUACAUUCGCGGUACCCGUUACAAGUGCGCUAUCUGCAGCGACCUGGACUUCUGCGCCAACUGCGAGGCUAGCCCUAUGAACACUCACAACAAGACUCACCCCUUGAUUAAGUUCAAGACUCCUGUCCGCCACGUCAGCGUUACCACUACUGGUGAGCACCAGAAUGGCGAGCAAAUGCGUGAGAUGGGUGACCGCAUUCCCACCCCCAAGGCCCCCGAGCCUGUGCCCACGACCCGAAGCAACUCUAUUCCCGUCCGCACCAUUGUUGACGUGAAGCCAACUGAGCCCGCCCCUGUUGAGGUCGUUGCCAAGGCUCCCGAGCCCGUGGUCAAGGCUGAGGAUGAGAAGAAGCGCGAGGCUUCCAUCCCUGUCCCAGCUCCCCUGGAGGAGCUGAAGGCUGUCUUCGUCCGUGACACCAUUCAGGACGGCACUAUCCUCCCUCCCAACCAUGUUUUCGAGCAGACCUGGACUAUGCGCAAUGAGGGCAAGGAGACCUGGCCUGCUGGCUGCAGCGUUAGGUUCGUCGGUGGUGACUACAUGGGCCAUGUCGACUCCAACCACCCUGCUGGUGUCUCCGAGCUCCUCUCUGCCUCCGAGUCUACUGUCUGCUACGCUCCCCUCGCCCCCGGCCAGGAGUUCCCCUUCACCGUGCUGCUCCGCACUCCUGCCCGCCCUGGCAAGGUCAUCUCAUACUGGCGUCUGACCAACCCUGAAGGCGAGAGGUUCGGCCACCGUCUCUGGUGUGAUGUCAAUGUCCGUAUGGUUAAGAAGGAGGUCAAGCCUGAGCCUAAGCCCGAGCCUGUGCCCGAGCCUGAAGUCAAGGAGCCGACCCCAGUCGAGGAGCCCCAGCAGGAGGAGGAGAGCCAGGCUUCGAGCCAGAUGAUCUUCCCCAAGCUCGAGAAGGAGUCGCCCGUGGCCAGCAUGCACGAGGCUGCUGAGCCCGCUCCCGUCGUUGAGGAGCCGGAGACCAAGGAGGUUGAAAGUGCCGAAGAUGACUGGGACUACUCCGACGAUGGCUUCAUGACAGACGAGGAGUACGACAUUCUGGAUGCCUCAGAUGAGGAAUAUCUGGAAGAACAAAAGAAGAAGCUCGCUACCAAGUAA